CUUCCUGGAAGGCACGGGACUUUCUGGAUUUUAGUUUGGAAAGAAGAGAACAGAGGAUAAAAAGAGGAAAUAUUUUUUUUUUGUCAGCCAGCUGAAAACUAAAACCGAAAGAAGUGUGAAAAAGACCACAAAGUUUUCGUUGCAUGGAGAGAUGAGCAAAGUUAAUCAUUCCAAAGCACUUUCCUAGGAAUUCCUUUUGUUUGGUUUUAUACUGGAACCCGGUGCAGAACUGCAGGCCUCCCUACAUCCCAGAGUAGAGGAGUGGGGACACUGUCAGCGUGGAGCUGGAUGUGUGCAGCAGCUUCAUGGGCCUGAAGGACCACCUGGAUGAUGGGAUAGGCCGCAUCCUGGACCUGGGGCUAGAUUUGGACUACCUCCAUGUGGAGAGCACCGACCGGCAGCCUGACGUGAUCACUCCCUGGACCCCCGCCAAGGACAAGUGUGUGGCGGAGGGAAAGGCAGGGGAGGAGGGGGGCAGCAGCACCAGCAGCUCCUCCUCCUCUGAGGAAGAGGAGGAGGAGGAGGAAGAAGAGGAGAGGGAGAGCACCGGGUCCGACGGCGAGGCCGAGCGGGCUCACGGCGGUGUCGGCGGCAGUGAAAACCCGCGGGGCGGAGGGUCAGAAGACGGCGCUCACUCCCCGCUCUCCCACUCGCUCGGCCCAGGCCAGGACCCGGACCCGGACCCGGGACAGUCCCUGGCCCCCGCAGAGGAACACAAGCCGCCAGACGCGCACAGGGAGUACCGCACAAAAAUGGAGUUCGCCCUGAAGCUGGGCUACGCUGAGGAGCUGGUCCGGCUGGUUUUGGGCAAACUGGGGCCCGACGCGCUCAUCAACGACAUUCUGGGAGAGCUGGUCAAGCUGGGAAACAAGGCGGAGACCGAGCAGGGCGGGGCUACGCAGUCCACCUCCUCCUCCUCCUGCUCCACCUCCUCGCUGUCCUCCUCUUCCUGCCUGUUCCUGGCAGACUCCGAUUCCCACAGGCCCGAUACUCCGCCCCUCAUGGAGCUGCUGGACGACGAGGAGAACAUGCGGCCCAUAGUCCUGGACGGCAGCAACGUAGCGAUGAGCCAUGGGAACAAGGAGGUGUUCUCCUGCCAGGGAAUCAAGCUGGCGGUGGACUGGUUUCUGGAGCGGGGCCAUAAGGACGUGACCGUGUUCGUGCCGGCCUGGAGGAAGGAGCAGUCCCGACCCGAUGCUCUCAUCACAGACCAAGAGAUCCUGAGGAGGCUGGAGAAGGAGAAGAUUCUGGUGUUCACGCCAUCGCGACGCGUCCAGGGGCGCAGGGUGGUCUGCUACGACGACCGCUUCAUCGUGAAGCUGGCCUACGAGUCCGACGGCAUAAUCGUAUCCAACGACAACUACCGAGACCUGGCCAAUGAGAAGCCGGAGUGGAAGAAGUUCAUCGACGAGCGGCUGCUCAUGUACUCCUUCGUCAACGAUAAGUUCAUGCCGCCAGACGACCCCCUGGGGCGCCACGGGCCCAGCCUGGAGAACUUCCUGAGGAAGAGGCCCGUCAUCCCGGAGCACAAGAAGCAGCCCUGUCCUUACGGAAAGAAGUGCACUUACGGGCACAAGUGUAAGUUCUACCACCCGGAGAGGGGCCCCCAGCCGCAGCGGUCCGUGGCGGACGAGCUGCGGGCCAGCGCCAAGAGCCUGGGGGAGUCGGGGCUGGUGAAGAGCCACAGCCUGCCCUCCAGCGCCCGGCCCGACCUGGGCCUGGACGCCCGGCGCGCCGCCUCCAAGCGCCAGUCCGACCCCAGCAUCCGCACCUCCGCCUACAGCGACCCGGACGACCGGCUCAGCGCCAGAGCCAAGAUGGAGGCGGCGCGCAAGACCCACGGCGGCCCCACCCCGACUCCUCCUCUUCCUCCUCCUCCGGCUCCACCCAUCGUCUGCUACCCUCACAACCAGAGGGUGGCGCCCCCCGUGGGCGCGCCCCCACCCAAGACCCACGGGACGAGCGCGCUAGGCUACCCGGAGCGGUACCCCGAGGGAGAGUCGGCGGACCUGAGCUACUACUCCAUGGUGAAGGCGUACUCGGGCCUGGGCCUGUCGGCGGGCCGCAGCCCGGACCGCCGCUUCCCCGCCGAGGCGGAGCUGCGCGUCAGCUCGGUGGCGUCGGACUGCAGCAGCGAGGGCAGCGUGAGCUGCGGCAGCAGCUCCGACUCGUACAGCGCCGGCUACAGUGAGCGCGCCUGCGUCAGCUCCCCGGACUCCCUGCUGGAGGACAACCUCAAGUCCCAGCACCCGCACCCCCACCCCUACGUGCUCUCCCAGCCGUUUGGCCACGGCUCUCAGAGCCUGACGCGGGUGCACGGCUUUGGGUACGAGGGCCCAUCGAACCACCACUUCAAGCAUCCCCCCCUGCCCUACCUGCCCUCGCCCGUGGGCGUGCGGUCCGGCUGCCCGGGAGACUACCCGCCGCUCCCCCAGACCUCUCCUCGGUCGCAGGGCUCCCCGCUGAGCCGCGGCCUGGCGUCCUCGCGGGUGGAGAGCGCCUCGGACUCGCGGCUGUACGACCCGUCGCCCCCGCACCCCAGGAAGCUGCCCUUCUCUGGGCAGGAGCACGUGGGCAGCUGGGAGGCCUACCACCAGCACCAGCAGCAGCAGCACCAGCCGGCACAGCCCUGCCACGAGCAGUUCGCCUUCCAGACCCCGCCCGAGAGCCGGCAGCAGGCCUGGCGCCUGCCGUGGGGUCACCCGGCCUACCCCCCGGCCUACCCCGCCCCCGCCUCCCAGCAGCAGCACCAGCAGCAGGAGCCCCCCUCCCUCAGCCGCUACCACGACGUGCGGGACAAGGUUUUCGUGAACCUGUGCAACAUCUUCCCCGCCGAACAGGUGCGGCUCGUGAUGGAGAGGAACCCGCACGUGACCGACGCCCAGCAGCUGGCUGCCGCCAUCCUGGCGGAGAAGUCGCAGCCGGGCUACUGACCGGACGCACGGCGGAAGUUUCCGGGGCCGAGGCGCCCUCACACCCUCUCUCCUCUCAGCCACCGACGCGCCGACGUUUGUGCGCUGAAGGCAGGUUUGCUACAGUAGCACACUUAUCGUAGUUCCAGUUCUCUGCAGGGAAACGCCUAACAUCAAAUGCAGAAUUGCCUGGGAAAUGCAUUUAACGUUUCCAUUUUGCUGAGGAAAAUAGUUGAAUCCAUUAUUUUUUUUCUUUCAAAGAGAAAAAGCAGGGAUUUUUUUUGUUAAUCCAAACUUAAUUUCGACUAAACUGCUGUUGAAAUAUUUUUGUGGUAUCUUAUUUUGUGCAAUCCUACAGACAACAGACAACAGCACUCACCUAUCAGCAGCCAGCCAGUCUUUAAUGCAUGCUUUGAUUCUGGAUCAAAGGCAUGUCUUCCCAAUCAUACCCAGAUAGUUUACUGCAUUAUAGUAAUUUCAUUUUAUCCAGGUGGAAGGCUUGUAAUUGCCUUUGAAGCUUGAAGUCUAAGUGUGUGCUGGUGUUUGUGUUGCUUUGGUUAUAUUUAUUUUAAUAUAUGUGUUUUAUUAUUUUAUGUAUUUUUUGUUGUGAAGUUUAAAUGAGGAGGUACUGAUUGUAAAGACAUGAAAUUUUGAAAGCAAAUCAAAUUGGAGAAUAUGAAAGAUGGGUGUGAGCUGAGAGUGUAACAGGGUUGAUGGACACUUUCAUCCCAAAUUAAAGCAAAAAUGGAGCUUCAAAAAAGAUGCCUAAAUUUGAAGGGGGAGAUGAGGAGAAUAAUGGAUAAGCCUUCCGGUAUCCCUUUGAUGUCCAAAUUUCACCAAACAAAUCACUUAAUGCAGUAUAAUUUAGGCAGAAAACACAUUGACUCUGUAUGACUGGUGUAUAUUUCUGAUUCCAAACAAAUAUGAAUGAAAAAGGGUUGUGGUUCUGGGUAUAAAUAAGAACAAUCAGCAGCUCAUUACAACAGAGAGCUUGUUACUGUGGUUGGAACAGAAACCAGCAAACACAGUGGG